AUGACCGCCCAAGCCAAUGUCCAGCAGUUCAGCGAUGAGAUGAAGGAUGCAUGGGAGGUUGUGAACAAGCACUUCGACCCAGAAGAGAUCCUAGGCUCCGUUGUGGCGGACGUCGUUUCCAAGCACGCGGUGCGGGCAUCUCAGCAUGAGCUGCCAUGCGCCAUGUCCAUGAUGGCGGGGUGCAUUUCCAUGGCCAACGGCGGCGGGGUCAGCGUGUUCCCCAACAGCCCGUUGCCGCUCAUGAUGGCUGUUCCGAACACAAACUACCCACAAACGCGGAAGUCAGCUAUCACAGCAGCUGCCGCGAUGCUCGGGCGCGCCAUGGACAAGCGCGCCAACAAGAGGGCACGCGCUGCGAUGGGCCCUGGAGCGAAGGCCAAGACUUCUGCGCUCGCCAAGUUCACGGAGGCUGCCUUCUGGGAGGGGUGCGCGCCCGACUUCCAGCAAGUGCACGUGCCCGCGAAGCGCUCGGAGGAGCAGGGCGCGCCAGACCCCGAACCUGAUGACGACGACCUCGCCCGGACCAACCACGGGACCCUGUUGAACUUAGACGAGGCGUAUAAAAUGCUUCGGAUGCUGGGGAUGAUCGCGGACGCUGGCAGCAAGAAGGAUUCCCUAGAAGUCACGGACCUGGCGUCCGACUUCAAUCGCCUGUUCCAGACAGGAGUCGCCGCCUACACAGCGAAGACGGCUGGGUCAUUCGGCCAAGAAACAAGAGCAAGUGUAUGCCUCGGCGUCGCGGGGAACGCCCACCCAGCUAUCACCGUCCCCAUGGAGAGGGGGGACCUCGAUAAUCACCGCGUGGCUGUGCGGGAGCGCUGGAUCAUCCUGACUGCCCCCGUGGUCGAACCCCACGCGCCACUUCCUGACGACUCCGUCGUGCCCUCGGUCUCCCCCAAAUGGUCGUGGCCCGAACUCAUGUCGACGAGGGUGGAGCCGCUCGGGUUUCCUCCGGGCGCGGACGUCCCGGAGAUCGCCGCGAACACGCUCCCGCGCGCCAGGGAUGUGCCUCAUUCGGACGCCGUUGCCCACGAGUCCCAGAGCGGCGACGAGUACUUGCCUGGCGUUGAAGGAUAUUACGUGCAGUUCGCAGACGGCACGGAGAGUCGCAUUCGCUUCAAGAGGGUUUCCGGCAAAUGGUGCCCGACGUUCCGGGUGCCAAACAGAGACGCCCCUGUGCUCGCCAACGAGAGCAUGGACAGCAUCGCGGCGAGGGUGCUCGACAUGUUCGAGACGCCGGGCAUCCAGCUCGGGUUCUCCAAGAAGGGGCUCUUGGCCUUGCGCGGCUUCCACGCCAUCUUCAACGCCAGGCGCGCCCAGGCGCGCAAUGCAGACAGGGUCUCCCUGUCCGCGCGUCUCGGCAUCGCCCCGUGGCACCUGGCGAUGCUCUCUGCCGGCCUUGCCAUCCUCGAAGAAGUCCCCGCGGCGCAGGGCGUGCCCGAGGAAGUAGAUGAAGGCAUCCGGGGGCCGCGCUGCCCGGACUUCAUCGAGGACGCGCGCGUCGUGCGGGCGCACAGGCUCCUUGCCGUGCUGGACGCCAUUCGCUCUUGCUGGCGCACCAAGGGGGGCGCGGACACGCCCGAGGAGCGCCUCCGCAGAGCCGAAGUGGCCGAAGAACAAGCUUGCCUGCAGCAGGUUCGCGGCCCGCCUGUUGCCAGCGACGGGGCCGCGGAGGCGGGCUUCCUCGACUACGCGCCGAGUCAGACACAGCCCGGGCGCGAGCCGCGCGCGGAGGCAUCGGCCGCCGCAGCCGCAGAGCCUUCGGGCGGCGCAGGCGAGGGUGGAUCGCAGGUCGCGCCUGCGGCCUCUGCCCCGGCUGCGCGCGGGGCGUCUGGCGCACCUCAGUGCCUCCUCCCCGCGGGCGCGGACGUCCCAGCGAUGGACGUCGGUUUCGGCGUGGGCGGGGCGUCGGUGCAGACGCCCAUUCCCAGCAUGACCAUGGUACCAGACAGGCAGUUGAUACAGCGCGUCCUCCUCCGUGGCGAGGCCCCGGCAAGCCUGCGCAAGGUGCGCGAUGCGGUGAAGAUGAAACCCGACGGCUCCAGCGCGCAGGUCACGAAGCCGAUGGGCCUGAAGUCUGACCAGUGCACCAUUGUCGCCAAAGGCUGGGUGGCCGAGCGGGAUCGCGGCGCGGCAGUUCGCUUGCGCCUGCCGAACCCCGAGGACGGCACGGCCGUCGCGAAGUACCACAACCUGUUGAUGAAGUGUUGCCGGGACACCAAUGCGCGCGAGGACGCCGCGGGCUGCUUUCCGCUCGCGAGCACGCCGGGCCGGCUGCGGGGCCGGGCCGCGCUGCGCCGCGAGCCCGCUCGCUCCCGCGAGGGCAUCCUCUUGCUGGUGGGCGGCUGGAAGAAGAUCGUGCACUUCCCCAAACGUUGUCACAAUGUGCGCUGCGGCCGCAAGUACCGCGCUGCCUGGUACAACUACAUCCAAAUUGGGACGUCACGGCACUGGCACUGCCACGAUGGCGACCCGUUGUGCUUCUUUCUCAACUCCACAAUUGGGUUUUCUUUCGACUGGCUACGGCAGUUCCAUUGCCGCCUUGUCUACCAGCGCGUCAGUUUCACGUCGGAGGCCCAAGUGCACCUCCGGAUUGCAAGAAUGCGCGGCGUGGCUUCCCUUGUCCCGACCCGGUCAGAUGACUACAUGGCAAAAGUGUGGAUUCUCUGGCGGGUACUGGUCCGCGCCCACGCCCGCGCCGUUCAGUCGGGCGCCGAUCCAGUGGACUCUGUCGGAUCGAUUGAUCUUGCAUCACCUGCGCCUGAUAUUCUGCGCGGGAUCGGCCCAUGGUACCACGGCGCAAUGGAGGCCCAAAGGGCGAGGCAAUUUCACGCUGGUGAGAAGGACGCCACAUUAUUAGUCAUGGAUGGGAACCAGAAGCUCCGUCGCCGCGUCUGCGGUUAUCCGCAUUGCGAGCGCGCCCAUUCGAAAUCGCUGGGCCUUGGAAUGUGGCGCUGUUGUUCCGAGGCCCCGGCGCAGCAGCCGGGGAAGAGGAAACGCUCUGGCGCGCGUGGCAGCGACGCCGCCGAGGGCGGCGAACCGCCGCCGCCGCAUGGCGGCGACGCCGUUGAAGACGGCGAACCGCUGCUCUUGGCGCGCCGGCAAGUUGCCCGUUGCCCCGCUCAUGCAUCGGCAACGGGCCUGCCUGGCCCGCGGGCGAGGUCCUACGAUAUCCCCUCGCAUCGGCAGAAAAGCGCCCUCACCGACUCGGGCAGGCCAGUCUUCGAGCUGAUGGUCCGCAACAAGUUAUUCCGCUUGCGGCAGAAGCACGCAGCUGCGCACCGGCAGCAGAAUGCGUGGCUGCCAGCGGACCAGCUCAACGCUGCCGCCGUUCACGCUUACCUGCCCACGAUUGCUGUCAGCGGGAACUUAUCCCAACACAGCGAGGAGCAAGCAUUAGGUCAAAGCUCCUGCAAAACCCACAAGGAAGACAUAAAGACGAAACGGAUGACCGCGCGGAGUGGCGGUUGGCUCUUCGCCAUAUCUGCGUCUGGAUGCAUUGUCCACCUGGACGAAUUCAUGGGGGCUGAGAGCAUCACCCAACGCUACAUGUUUGUGGCACGCUGCUGCGACAUACUCCCUGGCCUCGAAGUCCUGGUUCACGACGACGCCUGCCACCUGUUCCGGUUCGCGCUCCUCAGAGACGGCCAGAGCGACAUGGCAACGAAUAUCUCCAAACUGCGCUACAUCACCGAUCCCUUCCACUCCAAGGGGCACGUCUGGAACUGGUGUUCGGAGAACUGCGCGCCGACUUUGCCCGGCAACGCCGCGCGGCUGGCUGGCGUCAAUGCCAAUGCGUGUGAGCAUCGAUUUCGUGACCUCGGGCACUACAGAGAGAACGUCAACGCCAUGGGGAAG